AAAACCUGUCGCCGUCGAGGAAAUUAUGGUGACAACCACCGAUCGUAUCUCUCUUACAUUCCUGGCCUCAAGGAACCAAAGUCCAUCAUAUCUAAAGAAAUACUUGAAACCAACAAGCUUAUGUUGUUUCUCCAACUUUGGUUCACCAUUCCCAAAAUCAAGAUUGACAAUAAUCUCGAGUUUGCAAAGAAAGAUUGUUCCUCUUCUAGAUGUGGACGUUGCAUCACCAUCACCUUUCAACCAAAUAUUUGUUCAUGACCGGAGGCUAACAAAGCCUGUGAGUACACUGAGAGCAUCUAAAGAUGGAAACUCGAUCCCAUCAAUAGCAGCAAACGUAUUGCUAAAGAGACUUUUCUUGACUUUUAACAUAAUCAUUGGAAUGCUUCUGUUCGCAAUUAACGACUUCUUCCCAUUGAUUAAACUCAAUGAACGGUUAGGGAUGUCCUAUAUGAUGGUGUUAUGUUUUAGUUGCAUAUGGUGCCUUGUUGACAGCUUGGUGUUCGUAAUGGCAGGGAUCUAUCGUCUGAUUCAUGUAAUCUGUGCCACAUUCAAUUGGCCGGUUUUGAGAUCCUUGUUUUACUACUCUUUCGUUGUUUUGAAAGAAUUAUUUCUUUUUUAUUGUAAGCUAAGAAUUUGCGAAUUUUGCUUGGGCAUGUGUAGUUUUGUCAUAAUGGUUUCUUCGUUUAAAUAAUAGUUUUUUUUUUAAUAUGUAUUUAUUUCUUGUU